AUGACAGAGCGACGCACAUGCGCCGCUCGCAACGAACGUCAGGCACCUUUUCCGGGUGGAGAAGCAUUCAAUUCUACUAGCCAUUCAGGAUUUAUCCUGAACGUGUCCGGGAGCGCACAAGUCACACUGACCUUUGCAGCGCCCAAGGCUCCUGUUACAAUGGAGCGACAGCGACGCUGGCAUCAUCCUGCCUCCCCUCCCGUGUACGACCCUGCUGCGCCUCCAAUGUUCAAUGAAUCGCAGGGCCGCUUCGAUAUCAGACGCCGGCUCCCAGUCAGACGCCCAGUCGGACGCCCAAACAGACACUCGGACAGAAACUCGGAUAGACUACCGGAUAGCUUUGCUCGCGCGGCUUCGCGUCCCCAAGAUGCCACUCCUACUCGACCUCGCUCUCGCUCUCCCCCUCGCGAUGCGGCUCUUCCUGCCACCACAGCUCCCACUACCACUACAGCUCCCACCAGAAAUGAGGCUCCGACUUGGAAUGUGGCCGGCGCCGGCACUCGCUCUCCCCCUUCCUCUCGGUCGUGA